GGACCGCUUUGUGCACGUGACGGUCAGCUGCUCUACCCGGAAGCUUUGAGGAAGCAGACAACCAAAACAACACAUUUAAAACACAAAACGUGACUUUGUUGGUAAUCUAAGCUUGUUAACAAUGGAGUCGACCCUCGAGCAGCAUCUUGAUGAUACGAUGAAAAACCCAGCAGUGGUCGGUGUGCUCUGCACGGAUCACCAGGGACACAACUUGGGCUGCCGCGGCUCCCUGUCUGAUGAACAUGGCGGUGUUGUGUCAGUUUUGGCCAAACAAGCUGCAGCUCUCUCCAAAGAUCCAACAGACAGCCCCACUGUGUGCCUGGAGUCUGAGUCAGGAAACAUUCUGGUGAGGAGUCAUGGGACCAUCACAAUAGCCGUUCACAAGAUAGCAUCUUGAAGACAACACGACUCACUGAAGAGUUUUUUGUAAAGAAAUGUACACAGGCACAUAAGUAUAAUCACACAGUCUUUAUGAACUGUGGGAGAGAUAUAGAGUUUCUUUGCCUUUCUGUUUCGGGUACACUCAGAUCCUAGAUUAAAGCAAUGAUGUGUAUCUGUUAGUUAUUCUAAUGUAUUGGUUUCAUUUACAGAUUAAACCUUGUAUCAUGAUAUUUACAGCCAUGUUAUGCUUUGACUGUUUUUGUUAACAUCCAUAAUGAUCGAUCCAAUGCAUGCACAGAAAAACAAACCUUAAUAAAAGUUUAACUUGA